UAUCGCGUUAUCAGCGGUGCCGGUGCUGUCCCGGAAAUUUUGCGAUUCACGUUCGGGAUGGUCCACUUACUUUUCUUACCUCGAAGGGUAUAAUACUUUUUGAUUGCAAAGAACCAGACGAUAAGAUUAGAGGUGGCAGCAAAAUUUUUUUUUAACGACAUCCUACAAUUACGGUCUUAUAAAGCCCGAAGUUUCAACCAAGUAUAGUCUUUCAAUAAAUCUCGUCUCUGCGGGGACGAGGAAUCGAUUUUCACGGCUCUUCAUCUUUAACUUUAAGGUACAAUGUUAAGGAUGAAAUUCCUGUUAUCAUUGAUACUUGUCCUAGCGACUUGCUGGGCGAGCUAUCCUAGUUCCGAUGAUGUGACUCCUCAACUUAUUGAAGAAGUUUUAGAUAACUAUAGAUUGCCACUAGAUGUAAUACCUACGGAAUAUGAUAUCAAAUUGCAGCCGAUUUUCGAGUCAUCCAAUCAAGAUAAUUUUACUUUUAAAGGAGAAUCUGUGAUCACUCUCUUUAUUGCGAAAGAGACAGAUACCAUAGUUUUCCAUGCUAAGGAAAUUGAUAUCAUUAAGAAGAGUAUUAAAUUAACACAUAAAAUUAAAAACGAAACUGAAACUUAUAAUCUAAUUGAGUUAAAGAAAGAUAUAAAUAAGGACUUUGUGACGCUCAUUUUUAAAGAGUCCAUUCCCCCAAACAUAAUUGCACAACUAUCUUUGAACUAUAUCGGAAAGUUAAACGAUGAAUUACGUGGAUUCUACAGAAGUUCUUACCAGAAUAAGGAAGGAAAAAAGAUAUGGCUCGCAGCGACUCACUUUGAACCAGUAAGCGCGAGACAGGCCUUUCCAUGUUGGGACGAACCACAAUUCAAAGCACAUUUUACCAUUACUAUUACAGUUCCUCAAAAAAAUUACAUAGCAAUUUCGAAUAUGCCUCAAAAAAAAAUUGAAAAUUUAAACACGAUUUUCGAGAAGACACCAAAGAUGUCCACUUAUCUCGUAGCUUUUGUAGUUUCGGAUUUCACGGCUCUGGAAAAUAAUAAAAAUUUUAGGGUUUGGGCGAAACCUACGAUAGAAAAAGAUGCUAAAGAAUUUGCAUUCAAGUAUGGAUUAGAAACGUUACAGGUACUAAAAAAUUUUACCAACAUUGAUUAUUAUGGAAAGGAGCAAGGAAUGUCAAAGCUGGAUCAAAUUGCAAUACCAGAUUUCGCAGCAGCUGCUAUGGAAAAUUGGGGUCUUGUGACGUAUAGAGAAUCUCGACUUCUCUAUGUAGAGAAUAAAACAACCACGGAAGAAAAACAAGCUUUAGCGACAAUAAUAGCUCACGAACUCUCUCAUCAGUGGUUUGGUAACUUAGUUACUUGCGUUUGGUGGAAUUACAUUUGGCUAAAUGAAGGGUUUGCUACCUUUUUCCAAUAUUAUAUUACCGAUAAAGUUAUUCCACAAUUGUAUAAGGAUGAAAAGUCUUGGCGUCUUAUGGAACAAUUUGUUAUUAAAAAUGUGCAAGCAUCAGCAUUUGUUGUUGAUGCAAGUAGUAAAACUCGCGCAUUGAAUCCUGAAACUAGUAUACAAACUACUGCUCAAAUUAGAAGUUUGUUCGACGAUAUUGUAGGUGCUUCUAUUCUUUAUAUGAUACAAGGAUUCUUAUCAGAAGAUGUUUUUCAAGAAGGACUUAAAAGAUAUCUAAAUAAUAAAUAAGGCGAAUCCGUUGAUUCUAACGAUUUCUUCGAAUCUGUCCAAGCUUCCAAUAAGAAAGUGGAAGAAUGUUUGCCAAAAAGUGUUACACUUAAACAAGUUAUGGAUAAUUGGGUUAAUAAACCUGGAUAUCCUGUCAUUACCGUCACGUGGAAUAAGAAAUUACCUGGUACUGUUAAUAUAACGCAGGAACGAUUCUUUUGGAAACCAGUGAAAGAAGAUAAAACUCAGUGGUAUAUACCCAUCAACUAUGUAACAGAAGAAUCGCCCGAAAAAGUAAUGCCUACGGACAAAAAAUCUCGCUGGUUGAUACCCGGGACAAAUGCAUCAAUAGACAAUCUAAACAACACGAAAUGGAUACUUUUCAAUAAGAAUCAGACAGGUUUCUAUCGUGUAAAUUAUGACGAUUCAAAUUGGCAGAAGCUAGCAUCGUACUUAAAAUUGUCUUCUUAUCGUAAUAUAAGUGCAACCAACCGCGCCCAAUUGAUCGAUGAUGCAUUAAAUCUCGCGCGUGCAGGACACUUGGCAUAUGAGAUUGCGUUGCAGAUUACAUCGUAUUUAUCACAUGAGACUGAUUAUAUUCCAUGGUAUACCGCUGUCAGAGCAUUCAAUUAUUUGGACAACGUAUUAAUAGGUGGAAAGAACUACACAAAAUAUCACAAAUAUGUCGCUGAAAAGAUAAAAUCUUUUGCACUGACAGUCAACUACAAGAAUUGGGAAAAUAGUACGCAUGUAGAUAAACUUGCCAAAGUAUUAGCUUUAAACACAGCUUGUAAAUACGGAUUGGAAGACUGCAAUAACUUUGCUAAUAAAAAGCUUGCAGAUUGGUUGGACAAUAAGAAGAAAGAAGAUGAGAAGAAACUCUUACCAGACUUAAGACGUGGAAUUCUUUGUGCCGGAUUGCGAAAUGCAAGCGCACAAAUAUGGAAUGCCACUCUACAAAAGUACAAAACCACUGAAGAUAAAGAUGAAAAGGCGGACAUUCUGGCCGGUCUUGGUUGCGCUACAUCUAAGGAAAAUGUCCAGAAAUUUCUCGCGUUAACUCUCGAGAAAGAUUCCGACAUCGAUAUUUUUGCUGCGUUGAAUUCGAUAUGUGCGGGUAAUCACGAAUCCUUCGACAUCCUCGUAGAAUUCAUCAACGAUAAAAUUGAAACAAUUCAUAAUGCAGAUAAAGAAGAUAACUCAUUGCUAAGUGCCCUCCUUAUUCAACUUUCCGACAGAGUCGUAACAACAAAGCAAUAUAUAGAGUUAUCGCUACUCAUACAUGGGCAACUGCAAAACGCAAACAAGUUUGAAGCAUUGUCCGCUGCGACGAACAAACUUGUCUGGAUCAAUACCAACCGGGACAGUGUUGAGAAAUGGAUCUUCGACACGACUCCCAUCAUGUCUACUUAUCUCGUAGCGUUUGUAGUGUCCGAUUAUGUACGUAUUCCUAACACAGAUGGAACGCUCAAUAUAUGGUGCAGAUCAGGAUUGACUCCGCACUCAAAACUUGUACGGGAGAUUGCUCAAAAGGCUACAGACAUAUUAACAGAAUAUACCAACAUCACCAACAAAGUUCCAAAAAUGGAUCAUUUAGCAGUUCCGCAACUGACAGCUGGUGCCAUGGAAAAUUGGGGACUUAUUAUUUAUAAAGAAAAAGACUUUGCGUACAAUGAAAAAAAAGAUACAAUGUUUCAUAAACACCGAGUAGCAAUGACAGUAGCACAUGAAAUGGCACAUCAAUGGUUUGGUAAUGUGGUCAGCCCGUUAUGGUGGUCUCACGUGUGGCUAAACGAAGGAUUUGCAACAUUUUUCGAAGAGUAUGUUCUCAAUGAGAUUUUCAAAGAUUGGCGUAUAAUGGACUUCUUCGUUGUCAAGGUUCAACAAGAAGCUCUUGAUACUGACGUUGCUAAGAAAAUGAAACCUAUUGUAUUCGAAGUCAAAACUCGUGAAGAAAUUGAUUCACACUUUUCUUAUUCCAGUUACGGCAAAGCACCUGCUAUACUGCGCAUGUUACAGCAUAUUGUUACCGCUAAAGUAUUUCAGAAAGGUGUCAUUAAAUAUUUACACAAACAAAUGCUGACAUGCAAAAUUAUCUACAUUGUCUUUGCAUUCGUCGCAAUAGACGCCGCUGCCAUUCAAGAUGCAAAUCUGAAUGAUAAGGAAAUAAAUUAUCGGCUACCUAAUCACACAAAACCUCUAUUCUAUGAUCUUAAAUUAAACCCGCAUCUUACGUCAGACAACUUUACAUUUGAUGGCGAAGUACUCAUCCAUAUUGAGAUUUUGAACCAGACGAGAACUAUCACGCUGCAUGCAAAGAACCUGAUAAUAAAUGAAAACGCAUCUUUUCUGAAAACCAAUACUGGAUUUGACUUUUACGUUCCCACUACAUAUAACAGUAAUAAUAUAACCGAAUUUUUAAUUCUUGGUUUUGACAAGGAACUAUCUAUUGGAUAUUAUAUUUUAUAUCUGAAAUUUGCUGGUAUAUUAAACGACAGAUCAUAUGGAUUCUACCGAAGUUCUUAUGUUAAUGACACAAAAGAUAUAGUAUGGUUUGCCGGGACGAAUUUCAUGGCAACUUACGCACGUGCUGCUUUUCCCUGUUGGGACGAGCCGGCACUAAAGGCCUCUUUUAAGAUUGCCAUCAAACAUCAUCGUAAUUACACGGCUAUUUCGAACAUGCCGAUUUCCGAAGAAUCGGAAAUCGACAAGAGUGACGGAAAGAUAUGGACACAUUUUGAAGAAUCGCCCGUCAUAUCAACGUAUCUAGUCAGUUUCCUAAUCUUCGAUCUUCGUAAUAUAAGCAAUUCCGAUGGAACCAUCAACGUCUGGAGCAGAGGCAGUGUAAUUUCCUCAGCAAGUUUCGCCCACGAAGUCGCCCAGAAGGCGGCGAUCGAAUUGGAACGAUACACCAACAGUUCCGUUCGGUUGGCCAAAAUCGAUCAUGUUGCGCUUCCUGACAGAUAUGUUAUUGGAUACAAUAAGGACAUGGAAAGUUGGGGGCUUAUCACUUACAGCAAAUACGGCGCAGCUAAGCCUGAAGAUUUAUGGGCUGUUUUGCAAGAUACAUUUGAUGAAUCAGCGGUAUCUCAAAACAAAUUCAAAAUUCAAGAAGUAAUGGAUACCUGGAUAGAACAGAAAGGAUAUCCUCUUAUUACUGUAAUUAGAGAUCAACAUACUGGAAAGAUAAAGAUUACACAGAAAUAUUUUCAACCAUACGAAAAAAUAGGUGUACGUAAGAACCUCAUUAGCACAGAUAUUAUGAAUAUAAAAUGGUGGGUACCAAUAAAUUUUGCAACUCGUACCGAUCCAAAUUUUUCAUCAACCUUAGCAACGCAUUGGUUAUCACCAAAAGCUGAAGAACUCGUAAUUGAUGGUAUCGACUCACAAGAUUGGAUUAUCGUAAAUGUUCAACAAACUGGUUUUUACCGUGUAAAUUAUGAUACAAUAAAUUGGUUGAAAAUUGUUGACUAUCUGAAUUCUGAGAAUUACACAAAAAUACACGUACUGAAUCGCGCACGAAUAAUUAACGAUGCGAUUCACCUUAUGUUUACGGAUAAAUUAGAUCCCAGAAUUUUUAUGAACCUUACGAAAUAUUUACGACGUGAAACGGAUUAUGUAGUAUGGUUCUCAUUGUUUAAAAUUUUGAGAGACGCAACUAAGUAUUUUGCUUAUAAUGGAGGAGGUGAAUUGCUUAAGUCAUACAUUUUGGACUUGAUAAACAAUAUAGUAGAAACUGUAGGUACACAGGAUCGUCCGAACGACGAUUACUUCACGAAAUUCACGAGAAAUGCAAUUCUUGAGGAUGCGUGCGUUUUUGAUCAUCCUGCAUGCUUAAAUAAAGCCUAUACUCAAUUAAUUAAUUAUUUAAACAAUUCAACGAUAUUUUCAAAUAGAACUUCAUUUCAUACGAAAAGAUGGAUAUUUUGUAAUGGUAUAAAACAAGCAAAUGAAAGUAUUUGGAACAAAUUGCUAUAUUUGUACACGAACAUGUCUGAACAAACAUUAUAUUGUCUGGGACAUUCUAGAAAUCCGACUAUUAUCGAGAAAUUUUUAAAUAUGACUGUAUCUGAAGAUGCACCAAUCAUGAAGAAUGAUAUUCAUCGUAUUAUUUAUUCCGUAUUAAAUGGAGGUUUUCCAAAUGUCGAUGUAGUCAUGGAUUUUAUUAUAAAUCACUGGAAUAAACUUACAACUAUCGUUGAUCCAGUGGAUUUAGUAUAUGAUAUUAGUUGGAGUGUUGUAUCCAGGAAACAAAUUCAAAAGAUAAAAGCACUUUUAGAUAAGCUUGGAAUGGAAGUACCACAAAUUAUGAAACUUCAAGAGCAAAAUAUAGAUUUGAUAGAAACAAUAAUGAGGAUCUCGCGGGAAUAUUUGUUCCUUUGCACUCUAAUCACAUUACUCUGCGGAAACGUAGCAGACAAAUCCCCUCUUUACGAUGGUACACUUAUACGAAAUCUGGAUAUCUCACAAAAUGACUCCAUCGACUAUAGACUACCAACAAAUAUUAAACCCCUUUCGUACGAUAUUAUGUUAAAUCCAGAUUUUAAUAAUUUUACAUUUUCGGGAAUAGCAAAAAUUGAAGCUGUAGUACAAAAUUCAACUAAUACUAUUACGCUGCACGUGGGAAACAUCAAAAUUGAAAAAAUGUCUCUUGUGACAUACGCGAUAAAUUCUAUAUCUGAUGUGAUUCCGACUUCGUAUGACAAUAUUACUGAAAAGUUUACUAUUACCCUUCCCCGAAUACUUCUAGUAAAUAUGAAUAUGACAAUUAGCUUUUCGUACAGUGGAAUCUUAUCCGACAACAUGAUCGGAUUUUAUAAGAGUUCUUAUUUCGACGAAAAUGGAAAGCUUAAAUGGCUAGCUGCAACACAAUUUGAAGCGACAUACGCGAGACAUGCCUUCCCAUGCUUCGACGAGCCAAGUUUUAAGGCACAAUUCACGAUAAGAAUAGCAAGAGACGACAGUUAUACGGCUAUCUCUAAUAUGCCAUUGAUAAAUUCUACCAUAUUAACACCUGGUGGUAAAACCUGGGAUGUUUUCGGCCCAAGCAACUUAAUGUCUACGUAUUUAGUAGCCUUUGUGAUUGCGGAAUUCAAUCAAAUUGAAAACGUUACAAAUUCAUUUGAAUUUAAAGUAUGGUCUAAACCAUCCACCAUCGAUCAGACUAAUUAUGCGUUAAAAAUUGGUACUGCAGCCCUCGAUUUGUUUAGUGAAAAGUUUAAUCAAAAUUAUACAUUUCCUAAAAUGGACAUGGUGGCCAUUCCUGACUUUGAUGCCGGAGCUAUGGAAAAUUGGGGAUUGGUAACAUAUCGCGAAAGCCGAAUGCUGUACGAUGAGAAAGAAUCAUCGGCGUUAGCUCAGCAAGAUGUGGCUUCCGUGGUCGCUCACGAACUUACGCAUAUGUGGUUCGGAAAUUUAGUAACACCACAAUGGUGGAGCUACCUUUGGCUUAGCGAAGCGUUUGCCUCAUACUUUGAAUAUUUCGGUACCGCACUGCUUGAGGAUACAUGGAACAUGGCGGAACAAUUCGUGGUAGAUCAACAUCAACCUGCAUUAAUAGCGGACGGUCUUGAAUCUUCUCUUCCGAUGACUCGGGACGUUUUUAGUACAUCGCAAAUCGAAGAAGUGGGAGAUACUAUUACCUAUUUUAAAGGAGCCAGUAUUCUACGUAUGAUGAGCCACGUAUUUGGAAACGAAAUUUUCGAAGAAGCAUUGCGCAGCUAUAUAAAAAAUAACAAAGAGAAAGGAUUAGGCCAUCCAGACACUUUAUGGGAAGCAGUAAAAUCAAGUUUAUAUAUUGAUGUAAAAACAAUAAUGGAUUCUUGGACUACAAAAGCCGGAUACCCUGUUGUAACAAUCGCUAUUAAUGACAACGGUAUAAUGAAUAUUACUCAAGAACGCUUUCUUCUGAGAAAUUUGAAUGAAACUUCUACGGAUACCACUUGGUAUGUCCCAAUCACGUUUACUACACAAACAGAUCCAGAUUUCGAUAACACAAUUCCAAAAUAUUGGAUAUCUACCAAAAGAAGUACCGCUUAUUACGAAAUUAAUCCAGAAGACUGGAUUAUAUUCAACAUUCAAUCAUCAGGUUUUUAUCGUGUUAAUUAUGACAGCCGUGGAUGGCAAAAGAUUUUCAAUGUCUUGAAACACGGCAACCUGGAUGAUAUUCAUGUAUUAAAUAGAGCCGGCAUUGUAGAUGAUCUAUUAAAUCUGGGUAGAGCAAAAUAUCUAAAUUAUGAUACGAUUUUAGAAGGAUUGAGUUAUCUUAAAAGGGAAACUAAUUAUCUGCCCUUUAAAGCAGCAUUUAAUGGUUUCGAAUACCUAAAUAGGCGAUUUACAGGACACGACAUUCAACAUCCUUUUAUCAAGAGCUAUAUCUCGUCUCUUAUCGAUGGCAUAAACGCUCAACUAGGAUAUGAAGAUCAGGAAUAUGAUGAUAGAUUAACAGUUUUGUUACGACAAGAAGUCAAUAAUUGGCUCUGUAAGCUUGGCAAUGAUGAAUGUAUAAACAAUUAUGCAGAGAAAUACAAAAAAUGGAAAGGAGAUGCUACUACUCGUAUCAAACCGAACGAAAGACCCACAGCAUAUUAUGUAGCCAUAAGACACGGAACUUUUGAAGACUGGGAUUUUUUGUGGAAUGAAUAUGUUCAUUCCAAUUGUGCGACCGACAAAAUUGUUAUCUUAAAGGCUUUGGGAUACAGUCAGAAUACCACCAUCUUGGAAAAAUAUCUGAACUCUGCCAUUAGCAGUUAUAGUACUAGCCGAAUUCGUAAACAGGACAGUACAAGCGUCUUUGCAGCCGUUUAUAAUUCUGGCCUCCUUGGCGCGGAAUAUGUUCUUGACUUUGUGGAAAAAUAUCAUCAACAGAUGGAAGAAUACUACGGAGGACAGGGUACAAUAGCCGCAAUCCUCAAUGGAGCAUCGCAGCAUUUCUCUACCGAAAAUUUAGUAAACAAAUUCGAAAAAUUCAUAAACGCUCACAAAACAAACUUCUCGUCAAUUCAAAAAUCUCUGGAGUACUCCUUAAAAGUCGCUAAAUAUGAAUUAGACUGGUAUAACUCCUAUUCGGUAUCUGCAACUCAAUGGCUACAAACAUACGACAACUUAGCAUUUCGCCUACCCAGCAAUAUAAAUCCUAAACAUUACUUCAUUUCUCUUACGCCUCAUCUCAAUGGCAAUUUUACCUUCGAUGGAAAAGUGACGAUCAAAGCCGACGUUAUACAACCAACAAAUCAGAUUAUUUUACACUUGUCGGAAAUUGAACCUUACGAAGUAAUCGUGAAAGCCAAUCAAACAGAAGUAGAACAAUUAAAGACAAAAUUCGUAGACCGAUAUGAAUUCUACGUUAUAUAUCUCAAAAAAGAACUAACUGCUGGAACAAAAUUGAACAUCAAAAUCAAAUACACAGGUCAUUUGAAUGCUGAACUUCGUGGCUUUUACAAAAGUUCUUACGUGAGUGAAAAAGGAACUAGAUGGCUUGCAGCCUCGCACAUGGAACCCGUUAGCGCCAGAAAAAUGUUCCCUUGCUUUGAUGAACCAGCAAUGAAAGCGAAUUUCACUAUUCAAGUUAUCGUACGAGAAAAUGGUUACAAACCUAUCAGUAAUACGGCGGAACACGUGCUAAGGAUAAUCGAUGAUGGUGCAUCAUAUACCUUCUCCGAAUCAGUACCGAUGUCGACAUAUUUAGUGGCAGUUCUCGUUUCCGAUUUCGAGUCUAAAUCUAACGAAACUAACGGAAUUAAAUUAUCUGUAUACGCACGUCCCAAUGCCAUCAAUCAAACCGACUACGCUCUAUCUGUAAUGUCUCAAUUGAUAAACUUCUACGAAACGACAUACCAGCAAAAAUAUCCACUUACAAAACUCUAUAUGGCUGCGCUGCCCGAUUUCGGAGCAGGAGCAAUGGAAAAUUGGGGCCUUUUAACAUACAGAGAAACGAGUAUGUUAUAUGACGAGAAUCAUUCGCCGAUCACAAAUAAACAAGAUAUCAGAAACGUGAUUGCUCAUGAACUCGCACAUCAAUGGUUUGGAAAUUUGGUCAGUCCUCUAUGGUGGAAGUAUGUGUGGUUGAAUGAGGGAUUUGCUAGAUACUUCGAAUAUCACGCUCCUGCUCGUGCGUUUAAUGACGAGACGUUGGAAUCGCAAUUUGUGGUUGACCAAGUACAUUCUGCUUUCAAAGCAGACAGUUCUUCCUCUACACAUCCCAUGAGUCAAAAUGUAACAACUAAUCGUGAAAUUCAGAGUAUAUUUGACACAAUCACUUAUAACAAAGGUGGUAGCAUAUUAAGAAUGAUCGAAAAAACAUAUGGAACUGACGUGUUUAACGAUGCAUUAAUUGACUAUCUUAACAAACGAAAAUAUAACGUUGCCACACCGGACCACUUGUAUGCAUCACUUCAACUAAAAGUAGAUGAGAAAGGAUUAAAAGAUGAUGUCAAAGUUAUCUUAGACACGUGGACAACUCAACCUGGCUAUCCCAUUGUUAAUGUCUCUGUUUCAACAAAUUUUAUAUUUUUGGAACAAAAACGGUUCUUCCCUAAAGAACAUGAGAAUACAACUGAUGAUACUAUAUGGCACAUCCCAAUUACAUGGGCAGUAGUUCAGAAUACUUCAGAUUAUUUUAAUACCACGCCGAAAUUUUGGUUGACAAAAAAAGCGACAAUGAAAAGAAAACAAUCGGACUUAUCACCAGAAUCACUUUUAAUAUUCAACAAUCAGCAAUCAGGUUAUUACCGUGUAAAUUAUAACAAACCACAUUGGCUGAAGCUGAUUGAUUAUCUUAAAACCCAGGACAUUCAAACAAUUCACGAAAUCAAUCGUGCAGCAUUAAUUGAUGAUCUUAUGAACCUUGCAAGAGCAGACUAUAUUGAUUACGAAACUGUUAUAUCUGCUACAAUGUAUUUGGAAAGAGAAAAUAAUUAUUUCCCCUGGCGUGCAUUCUUCAAUAAUCUGCCUUACUUAAACAAUCGUUUUGUAGGACGCGAUAAUGAAGACAUAUAUAAAAAAUGGUUAACAUCGUUAAUAGAAAAACUUUACGCACGAAUUGGCUUUGAAGAUUACAGCGAUGAUGAUCUUACUAAGAUAUUAAGAAUACACACUCGCAAAUGGGCUUGUAAAUUAGAUGUAGCUGAUUGUAAAUUUUCCGCUGCAAAAUAUUUCGAACAGAAACAACGUUCAGAAAUAAUACCUCCAAAUUACCGCGAUGUUGUUUACUGUACAGCCAUGAGAAUGGACAAGACAAAUAAAAGUUACACUUUUCUCUGGAAUGAGUAUUUAAAUAGCAAUGUGAUCACAGAUAAGCUUGUAAUUCUUAAUUCAUUGGCUUGUUCAGAAAAUAAAGAUGUUUUAAAAAUGUUGUUACGGGAGGCAGCCACGGAGAAUUCACAAAUACGGUAUCAAGAUAGUGCAAAAGUAUUCUCAAGCGUUUACGAUGAGAGUUUAGUUGGCGUUGAAGUUGUCAUGGAAGUAAUUGAAACGUAUUACGAUGAUAUACUGCACCGAAAUUUUAAUGAUUCUACCAAAAUUGCAAAUAUAGUGAACGCAUUGGCAAGCAGAUUAUCUACUUAUGAUCUCUACAAUCAGUACCAAAAAUUACUCGACUGGUUGGUUCAAAAAGAACCAGAAUUCAAGAACUCUGUCACUUCUUAUUUAGCAACGGCGAAAAAUGAAUUUGAUUGGUAUGAAAGAAAAGUUCCAGGAAUUUUUAAAACAUUGGACACUCUAUUUCCCAGCAAUACGUAUCGCUUACCAAAAACGCUCAAUCCAAAUCUGUAUAAUAUAUCUCUUACACCUUACAUGGAAAAGGGCACUUUCACAGGGAAAGUAAAAAUACACAUGACAGUUCAGGAAAACACUACUUUGAUAGCUCUCAAUGCUCACAAACUCAACAUCUUAAGUGUCAAAGUCUUUAGAAAUGACUCAGAAAUAAAUGUACAAAAUUAUACGACAAAACAUAUCCCACAACAACUAAGAAUAUAUUUAUCCAGCUACGUACAUACAAAUGAAAAAAUAAUAGCGGAAAUCCAAUUUAACGGAAUUCUUAAUGAUGAAAUGAAUGGAUUUUAUCGUAGUUCGUAUGUCGAUAGUGACGGAGUGCAACAUUGGCUGGCUACAACACAGUUUGAGCCUACGUAUGCUAGACAAGCUUUCCCCUGUUUCGACGAACCAGCGUUUAAAUCAAAUUUCACAAUUAACAUUCAAAGGCUAAAUAAUUAUACUUCGCUAAGUAAUAUGCCACGCUUAACAGAAACUAAAGAUCCAAAGAACGAUAGUUAUAUGUGGGACACAUUCGCCACUACCAAUGUCAGUAUGUCAACAUACUUGGUUGCAUUUGUUGUCUCUAAAUUUAAAUCAGCGGUUGAGCCUGACAACGUAACUCUCAACGUAUGGGGUAGACCAGAAGUCGCGGCAUAUGGCAAAUACGCUCGAAAUAUCAGCAUAGCAAUUAUUGACGUAUUGCAAAAUAUUACGGACAUUAAUUAUGCUUUACCUAAGCUGGACUUAAUAGGAAUUCCAGACUUCUCUAUGGGCGCAAUGGAAAACUGGGGCCUUGCUACUUUCCGCGAAUAUGGACUUUUCUACGACAAAAAUGAAACUACAGCUACAUAUGAAAAAUAUAUAAUUACCGUAAUAGCGCAUGAACUUACUCAUAUGUGGUUUGGAGAUCUCGUUACUUGCGAUUGGUGGGAUUAUAUUUGGCUUAACGAAGGUUUCGCGCAAUAUUUCGAGUCGUUCACAUCUGAUCGAAUAUUACCAGACUACAACUUCAUGGAUCAAUUCGUGGUUUACGAGGUACAUUCUGCUCUGUCACAAGAUGCUUCGGUUUCAACACAUCCAAUGACAAAUCCUGUUGAAACACCGGACGAAAUAGCUGGUAUUUUUGACUACGUCACUUACGGAAAAUCCGCUAGUGUUUUGCGAAUGAUGUUUAACGCAUUUGGCGAAGAAGCUCAUAUAUUGGCACUCCGUGAUUAUUUAACGAAACGAAAGUAUCUUACAGCACGUCCUACAGAUUUAUGGGAAAGUUUCGAGUCAUUUGUAUCGAUAUCAAUUGGCAAUAAAAAUGCAAGUAUCGAGGAAGUCAUGAAUACUUGGACAAAUCAACCAGGAUAUCCCGUUGUAAAUGCUACGUUAACUAACCAAAUAAUAACGCUUACUCAGGAACGAUUCUUGAUAGACAGAAAUAGCUCUGGCAAUGAAUUUUAUUGGAUACCAAUUGAUUUAUUCGUUUCAUCCAACUUGAAAACGUAUGCUGGUGUAUCUUUAGAAAACAAAACAUGGCUAGGAUCAGAGCCUCAAAAAAUAUUUAUUAAUUCUAUAAACGACUGGUUUAUCGUGAAUUACAAACAAACUGGCUUCUAUCGUGUUAAUUAUGACAACUCCUCAUGGCAUGCGCUAAUUGACAAGCUAAAUAGUAAAAGUUUCGAAGAUAUUCAUGUCUUGAACCGUGCACAAAUUAUAGAUGAUCUCUUUAACUUGGCUCGCGCUAAUUACGUGGAGUACAAUUUACUGAUAAAAGCAUUGGCAUAUUUGGAAAGCGAGACAAAUCACUUACCUUGGAAAGCAUUUUUCAACGGCCUAUCAUAUAUCUAUAGAAGAUUCGAACUGCCGGAUGAUCUAAAUAAAGAGAAGAAUUUCCAGGAAGAUCUAAAUAAAUACGUUUUGAAAUUAUUGUCUAAAACGUACGAUAAUGUAGGAUUCAGUGAUCGCGAUGACGAUAAUUAUUUAAAUAGAUUACAUCGGGAAAUGAUUCUUCAAUGGGCUUGCAAGUUAAAUAAAACAGAAUGUAUACAAAAAUCUGUAGACUUAUUUGCGGCUUGGCGUAAUAGUUCCGAACGAAUUCCACGUAAUGCACGACCAGCUGUUUAUUGCACCGCAAUAAAAAAAGGAAGUACAGAUGAUUGGGAAUUCCUAUGGACUCAAUAUCUACAGACGAAUCUUCAAACAGAGAAAAAGAUCAUUAUAAAUGCACUCGGAUGUUCGACAAAUAAAACGGUGCUCCAAAAUUACUUAGGAAAAGCCAUUGAAAAAUAUGAUCCUGCAAAUGCCGCCAUUCGUCGACAAGAUGUUUCAGCGGUGUUUACUUCCGUGUAUAGCGCAAGUCCAAUAGGAGUAAAUGCUACCAUUGACUUUUUAACAACAAAUAUCAAAAAACUGCACCGAUAUUUUGGAAAGUGGGACAAUGUCGCAGAUAUAUUUGCUAACGUGGCAUCGUAUGUAUCGAGCGAGGAUCAAUAUAAUCAGAUGAUAUACUUUAUUGAACAUAAUAUACAUCGGUAUCCUCCAACCAUCAGAUCGAAAUUAGUUUCUGCUCUUAAUAUUGUGGAAACUAACUUAUUCUGGUUCCAAAAUAACAGUGACAAAAUUAGGGAAUUAAUUAUCGGUUCGGAAUCUGGUGGAAAUAACCCUGGAAAUAGUUCUACCAAGUUAGAAUCACUGAACGUCCUUCUUAUGACUGAUAAUGCCUGUAAAAGCAGAUCCUUCUCCGAUCCAACGUUGGCUGCUAGAUACCGUUGCCAAGCGAAUUUCCACUCGCUUUGUCCACCCACUCGAAUGGCCGUGCAAUAAACCACGCUCUUCAAGUUCGGUGGAACCCUAAACAUAAAAUCUGAUGAAUCAAACAAGAAUUGCGAUCAUGUGCAUUGA